UCGUCGGAAUCAUCUACGAGCUCCUUUGAAUCGACUACAAGUCAUCUCCCGCCGCUACCAUUAACUGUGGUACUGUCUUCCAAGAACGAGAGAGUAACUGAUCCCACGAUUGUGAUCGCCGUGGUUGCUCUAGCUUUCAUUGUCACAUUGCUAGUUCUUGUAGCAUUAGUGUUCACAUGGAAAGCGAAAAAGGCAAAAGGAAGUCGA